AUGGUUGAGCUAUUGCAUUCUUGGGGGAUAUUAUUCAUGGAGAACAACCCUAGUUCAUCAAGAAAUGAUAGAAAAUUCGUUGAGAGGACUAGAAGAAAUCAAAUGAAGGAUCUAUUCUCCAAUCUCAACUCAGUUAUGCCUCAUCAAAGUUCAAGGGAGGGGAUUCCACGGUCAGAUCAGAUAGGUGAAGCCACAAACUACAUAAAGAAUUUACAGAUUAAGCUGGAGAAAAUGAAGGAGAAAAGACACAACCUAACAGACAUUGAAAGGUCAAAAAAUGGUAGCAUGAAUAUGGGAUUUUGUCCAGAAUUUAAGAUCCAACAAAUGGGUUCAGUCUUGGAGGUUGUUCUAGUAACUGGGUUGGAUUGUCAAUUCAUGUUCAAUGAGACCAUUCGUAUCAUUCAAGAAGAAGGAUCAGAUAUAGUCAAUGCCAGUUACACAGUCGUUGAAAAUGCAGUUUUCCAUACAAUACACUGUCAGGUAGAUGAAUCUGCCAAUGAAGCUUUGAGAAUAUCAGAGAAACUGAAGAAUUAUGGCAAUGGUUGGUUGGAUAACUCUGAGUGGAAGCGCAUAAUCUAUGUUCUCAACCGGUAUGAACCAGUGAAGGCAGGGUUACAACUUUACUGCACUUUUGAUAGUAAAACCACCACUUUAGGGUAA